AUGGGACAAUUACCCGUCACAAGAGUAACGCCAUCACCACCAUUCUAUCACACUGGAGUCGACUAUGUCGGCCCACUAACAAUAAAAACCUGGAAGGGAAGAGGAGCAAAAACACACAAGGCAUGGAUAUGUGUCUUUGUAUGCUUCGCCACAUCAGCAGUACACCUAGAAGUGGUCAGCGACUACACAACAGACGGAUUCAUCGCAGCUUAUCGCCGAUUUUUCGCACGCAGAGGCAUACCUCACACACUACACUCAGACUGCGGCACUACCUUCCUAGGAGCAGACAAAGUCAUCAAGAAACUAUUGCUACAAGGUUCUCACGAAAAUCAACGAAUUCUCAACAUGCUCUCUCAAGACAACACUGAAUGGGAAUUCAAUCCACCAGCUGCCCCCCACAUGGGAGGAAAAUGGGAAGCCAUAGUGAAAUCAACAAAAUUUCAUUUAAGACGCAGAAUAAGAGAAACCUUACUCACAUUUGAAGAGAUAACUACUCUACUAACUAAAAACGAAGCUAUAUUGAACUCAAGACCACUAGAACCAUUAAGCGAUGACCCAUAA